UUUCCUCUCAAAUUCGCGGCGGACCAAACCCGUGGGCGGCGUCCAUUCUUUUGCCACCGCCCGUUGCCUCCUAUUAAAUCAAAACUUCUAUACCUUCCUCUGAUCCGCGUGGGCGUCGGAGAAGUAGAAAGCCCCUCCACCGUCGUUGGUGGAACAAAGGUAAAAGAAGAUGAUGUCGAGUGGUGGAUACACCUCCAUCGACAACCAGAAGGUCUCCGGAUCCGUCCCGGCCGUCUCUGGUCCGGAUCACGUCACCGUCAAAUUCACAGAUUCCAAUCUCCAGACGUUUCCACCUUCCGAGGCCCAGGGCAAGAUCUCCGCCGUCUUCCGCCCCCCUUCCGAUGCCGACGAUACGUUCUCGAAGCCGUCUCGGGGGAGCUCCGAUGAGUCGCAACCGGCGGGAUGGGUGCACAAGUUCACGGUGGGAGCUUACAAGCCCUACUUCGACGUUGACACGUCGGAUGUUCUGGAGAGGGUCAGAGAUUCUCUCUUCCCCUUCAAAGGGAGUUUUACCGAGAAGACGGCUGAAAAUCCGGACUUAUAUGGUCCAUUCUGGAUUUGCACUACUUUGAUAUUCGUAGCAGCGGCUAUUGGCACAUUUGUUACAUACUUGGCACACAAAUUGGAGAAGAAAGAGUGGAACUAUGACAUUAACCUGGUCACAUGGUCUGCUGGUUUGUUUUAUGGCUAUGUUACUUUUGUCCCUCUUGGACUGUACAUCAUUCUUAAGUACUUCUCAGCACCGUCUGGACUUGUUCAACUGUGGUGUCUAUAUGGAUACUCCCUAUUCGUGUUCAUUCCUGCCCUGUGCCUCUCCAUUGUACCAGUAGAGAUCUUCAGAUGGGUGAUUGUUGGCGUUGCAGGGUUCUUGUCAGCAACUUUUGUUGCUCUUAACCUCCGAACCCACAUUAAAUCAGCUGGCGAGAGAUGGUUUUUCAUUGUGGCUGGAAUAUUUUUGUUGCAAUUGGCUCUUGCUGUCAUCCUGAAACUCUAUGUUUUCACUGUAACUGUAGGAGCAGAUUAGGUCUAGAUUUCAUGAUAUACGUCGUUGAAAGAGAUCCAGAGAAGACAUACGAGGAUUUUUUUUUCAAAAAAAUUACUGUGGUUGUAUUUUAUGUAUUAGUUCAAGCACAUAAACUUGCUUAUGUAAUCCAUUUUCAUUCUUUCAUCUUUUGAUUUUAAUAACCUUGUAAGCUGGCUGGUGCCAGGAUCUGCCUUUUAUUAUGAGUGCACCACCCUUGCAGGUAAAACAGUUACUCUUGUUAUCUGUGUGAUGAUAUGUCUCACCGUCAAAAGUCGUUAAUACAGAGCAAGUAGAUGAAGGAAUAUAAUAUUU